CAAAGUACCUCGGACCCAAUGCAAAUUUCGCCACAAAUGACAUCCAGUCAAAGCCAGAAUACAAUAACCCCAGAUACAACUCUUAUUUUUAACCCUACCUUAGCAUAUGACCCAACAAUAUAUCCAAAUUAUGUGGAUCUUACCAAAAACAAAGAUGCCUCUCAGAUUGAAUCCAGGAAUUGUUCCAAGUGUUCUGAAGUAAUCUCCCCGGAAAUUUUGAAGCCACUAUGUCCUGAAUGUCCAUCUAUUGAUGAUCUGGAAAAAGAAGGAUAUUAUAUCUCGCCUAUUGUUUUAGCCAACGAAACACCCAAGAAAAAAAGGAAGAUGCAAGAAAAAGAUACUCAUAAAAGUAAAUCUAAAAGGGCCACAAAACCCAAAGCAAUUAUUCGAGAGUUAUCUGUUGCUUCAACUAGCAGUGGACCAUCAAUCAGCGCUCCUUCUGAAACUACCAAUAUUGGUGAAAUUUCUAAUCAAUUCCAUAAACUAUACUACGACGUUGAUAUUGCUGAAAAGAAGGGGGAUCAAGAAAACCAGGAG